AUGAUCAUAUCCACUAGUACUGUUUACAAGGAUAUUCAAAGUUUCCCUCCUUUUACAUCUUUACCUUCAGAAUUACUCAUCGAGAUCUUUUCGACUUGCAGCCUCACAGGUGACUGGCAUAUCCCCCUCACACUAUCUAAAGUCUGCCGUUUAUGGAGAGACUUGAUUGUAUCGGCACCCUGCAUAUGGCAGACCAUCGUCGUACUAGAAUCGAGGCGCACCAUGUCCUCCAUCCGUACUCAGGCAGAGUUAUGGGUCGCUCGCUCUUCACCUCUUCCAUUCAAUGUAGUCCUCAAGCUAACAGAUUUCGAGCGACUGUUACCCAUCAUGUCGUGCUUCCUCCCCAAUAUCGCCCGAUGGAUGCGCUGCACUAUCACUUAUGACGGAAGAAAUUUCGAGACAUCCUUAUCCGACCUCACCCUGUCCUCGCCUCGUCGCAUACUACAUCAUCUCGAUAUUCUUCUCAAGACUCCCUUCGAGGACGUCGCGGGUGAUGACGAAGAUGAUGUCAUCUUUUUCUCCUGCGGAAGCGCGACAUACCGUCACAUAUCCAUGAGAGUGGCAACGACCAAACUGCCCCAUACAGAAAUGGUCAACCCCUUAUUAUUCACAUCCCUCGACAUCUCAGAGGCUGCAUUUGAAUACUCCGUCCGUUCACCGGACCUCCUUCGGUUUCUUGCCCAUUGUCCGAACUUGGAGCACUUAUACUUUCACGGUUUAUCCAAUGAUGAAGGCACUCUCAACGCGCCAUUGCCUUCCAUCGCCCUUCCGCGAUUACACACGCUCCUCCUAGACCAGGUUUGCAAUCAGCGCAGCAUCCUCUCGCAUCUUCACCUCCCUGCAUUGCGAGAGCUUCAUCUGCGUCACAUCAAUGUAGACUACUCACUCGAACCAUACUACGUCUCCGAAGAAGGUGACAGCGACGACGAAUUCCAUGACUUUUCCCAGUCACCACACAGCGACCUUCACACUGGUAUGGGUAUCCGCAAACUCUUGUCGCGCUCACACCCCCCGCUCGAGAUCCUAGACAUGGAUUUAUCAGAUAUGCGUACCAAAGACUUCCGCUGGGUCUUUGAUAAGCUGUCCGACUUGAAACAGUUCUCCAUUGUUGGGUCGGAUAUGUCGGAUUCAGUGGUUGCGCUGUUCAUGCCUUUUGUUGUUGAAGAUGGAGAUGGGGAGCGGAUGAGCGUACGCCUGCCCCGGCUUUCGGUUCUUAAGAUGUACAGCUGUCAACAGCUCUCGGGGGAUGCACUGGUGAAAGCCUUGAGUGCACGCGUCCACUACACGGAUCAUGCAACGCCAGAUGCUACGCUGACGACGGUGGUCAUUUCAAGCUGCAAUGAUUUUACUGCGGGUAAUGCUCAAGAGUUGUCCUGGGAUUUGCACGAUCGUCUUCAUGUGUCGUGA